AUAUGAAUUCUAUUUUAUCCAAUAGUCGUGCGGCUGGUUGGUGCUGUUUCCUCACAGUGCCAGAGACCUUGGCUUGAUCCUCACCUCUCCAUGUGUCCGCUUAGGGUGCUCCGGGUGCUCCGGUUUCCUCCUACAUCCCAAAAAACUUGUGUGUUUAUAGAUUAAUUGGUCUCUGUAAAUUGUCCUGUGUGUGUUGGGAGUGAAUUGGAAAUUGGGAUAAUGUGGAAUUAGAGUGAAUGGGUCCGCGAUGGUUGGCGUGCCUGUCAAACUAAACUAAAGACUCAGUUUAGGAAGGAACUGCAGGAUCUCUGUGGAUUGUCACCUUGUCUUGGUGGAGAAGCUUGUGUGGUCCUGAGAUCCUGAGAGCGAUGCCGUCUGGAGCUAUCGAUGCUCCUGGUAGGGCCACCCAUAGCGGUAAGGUCGAGGGGGAGGUCUCUGACAAAGAGUCAAUCCAACCAAGACCUCAACGGUGGAACAGGCGGAGGACGAUGGCUGACCUUAGUGGAGGAACAUGUCACAACAGCUGGGAAGGCGGAUGGAUGAAGGCUGCAGCAGAAAAGGGUCUCCGGUCGUCUUGGACUCCAUGCCACUGGAUCCUGACCCAGAUCUGUCAAGGACCGUAGGGGUGGCUGUCUGUGCACCAGUCUCCCCACGUUAAACAAAGUCACGCACAGGUGUCCACCAUGUAGGGAAUAACACCCUGGAGACACCCAUGGUCAGCCACGACUGAAGGGGGCCUAACAAAAAGCACCGAAGAUAGACACAAAAUGCUGGAGUAACUCAGUGGGACAGACAGCAUCUCUGGAGAGAAGGAAUGGGUGACGUUUCGGGUCAAGACCCUUCUCCUCAACCCUAAACGUCACCCAUUCCUUCUAUCUAGAGAUGCUGCCUAUCCCGCUGAGUUACUCCAGCAUUUUGUGUCUGGUGAUUCAGUUUAAAUGUGUUACAGUUUUCUAAAUGAGCUGUGGCUACUUCCUUAAUCAAUUUCAUUUUGACAAAUGUGAGGCUACAGUUUCAUUUGGUUCCCCUUCCUCCUUUGUGUGUUCAAUAACUUACAAUUGUGGUUUUGCAAUUCACACAGACCUUUGCAGAAUCUAGGGGAAUUCACAAAGUCGAAAGCAAAGCAUCCACUGAAGAAGGGUCUCAACCAACAACGUCACCCAUCCCUUCUCUCCAGAGAUGCUGCCCUGUCCCGCUGAGGUACUCCAGCAUUUUGAGUCUAUUUUCAUUGAUUAUCAUUUUCAUUUCUUCCACUCAUUUGCCCUAGGUACCGUCUUUAUCUCUUGCCUACCUUUGAUUUAAACCAGCAUCUGCAGUUCUUUCCUACACAUCCACUAUCUGGUCCAGACCCUAAACGUUGCCUGUCCAUUCCCUCCACAGAUGCUGCCUGACCCUCUGGAGUUCCUCCAGCACUUUGUAUUUUGCUCAAGAUUCCAGCAUCUGCAGUUCCUUGUGUCUCCAUUCACUGUCUCUGUGAGUAUUUUGUUUUGGACCCUAGGAUGCAUUCUUUCACAUCUAGGGAAUCUGCCUGCCUUUUGCCCAUUAGUCUGCCUGGUGGGGUUUCCCCCCUUUAAUUAUGAUUGUUUUAUGCUCCUCCCGCCCUUUUAGUCCAUAUAUUCUCGUAUUAUCGGGAUGCUGGCGAUGUCUUUCAUUCAUAAGGCAGAUUAAAAACACGAAAGCGUUCUCUCUCCCUUUGUUUCUCGCUUGUUUUCUCUCUAUCUUCUUUGCUCCACGGCUCUCCUUCUCACCCCCUUCUGAUUGUCCCGAUUUGUGUCUGCUUUUCUAUCUUUCUCAGGCUUGUUUUUUUUCCUCGUGCAUUGAGUCAUUUCCCCCCUCUCUCUCACUCAUUGUCUUGUUUGCAGUCAGGGGUGUGGCUAUAUUUCACUGUGCAUUUCUUUUAAAUCCGCCAACACAGCGGAGUUGCAAGCCUGUGGAAGUGAUGUGCGAUAGAGCUUUCGUGUUUAGGUUGAGGUUAAAAAAUGUAUUGCCAAGUGUACAAGCUCUGAUACGUUGCUGAACACGUGGACGUGUUUCUGUGUAAUUUCUUGGACGGAAUUCCUGGGCUGUAGACUUCCUGAGCAGAGCAGGAUCGACUAGCAGCGAUAUUGGGAACUCUCAUCUAAUCAGGUGAUGCGUGGCACCAUAAGGAUAGUUUGCGAACUUCUACUGACUGCGGUUCUGCUGAAUCAACACAGCAACCAGACAGACAUGUUCUGCUUCAGAGUGGACAAGGACUCAGAGGUGAUCUGUACCUGGAGCCCAAUCCAUAACACCUGGAAGACCACUGAGUACAUGUUCCACUUGGAAAUGAAGAGCAGUUCCGUCCACAGCAAUAAGCCGCUUCGUAUUCCGACCCUCUUGCCUUCGGUGGCUCUAGAAAGGAAGAUCCUCUCUGCGGGCAAGUGCUACGUUGCCUGGGUAGAAGUCAACAACACGCAGCUAACAAGUCUGGAAUUCAUCAUCGAAGACAUAGUGAAACCCCAGCCUCCAGUUAGUGUGUCCGCCAAAACCGAUGGUCCCACGAAUAUAGCGAUUGACUGGACGAAACCUGCCAACCUUGACCAAUUCGUCAGUAUGCAGUAUGAGCUUCAGUACAGAUUGGCAGGCCAGCAAAAUUGGAGUGAGGUUUCAGAUGAUGAAGUUGGAGUCCAUGCAGUAGGCUAUGUUCUGGAAGAUCUACAACCAUUCACAAAGUAUGAAUUCCGCGUCCGAUGUGGGCGAGAGGGAGAAACAAACCAGAAACUGUGGAGUGAUUGGAGUGCAGUGACUGGUGCCAUGACUGAAGAAGCCAAACCUGUCGGUGUUCUCGAUGUGUGGUUCAUGCAAGGAGGACCAGGAUCUAUUACCCUGCUGUGGAAGCCUCUUGAACAACAUCAAGCAAGAGGAAAAAUUCAGCGAUACUCUGUGAAUUAUACUCUCCGCCUCCCCGAUGGAGAAAUAAUGAGCAGAGCGAAUAUCACCGCCUACCGUAACAUCACCCUUUCUGAGACCACUCAGCUUGUCAACGUCAGUGCAUACAACUCUGUUGGAGCUACAGACCCGGCCACACUCAAUCUGGUUCAAGAUCAGUUACCUGUGUUGAACAUAACUGUUCUCAACUACAAUGACCAGGUUCGCGUGUGCUGGGUGACAUCAGCCAAGACCAUGCUUGGGUUUGUGGUGGAAUGGGUGAACAUGAACUUGCCUGAAAAUCCACCAGAAUGGAAGAAAAUUCCAGCACUAGAUGAAUGCAUGGAUCUGAAACAUGAUGUUCUUCAGGCCUGGAUUCCAUACAAUGUCUCAGUGUACACUCAAUAUCAGAUUGGUCUGGGUAGGCCAGUAUCUACCAUCAUCUACACAAAAGAAGACGUGCCUCGCACAGGACCCCAGGUCUCAAUAUAUAACAUUUCUCAGACUUCAGCCACACUGUUAUGGGAGAAUGUUCCCCUGAGCCUCCGCCGAGGGUUUAUUCUUUACUACACUCUGUAUUACGUAAAGAAUCCACAGGAAGACUGGCAGAAAGUUCCCAAUAUAAGCUCUGCAUUAAAUAGCUUCACAUUAUUGAACUUGGAGCCUGCGAGCACCUACACAAUCCGAAUGGCAGCUUGCACUCGCAUAGGAGAAGGCACGAAGGGACCACACCUCAAACUGAAGACAGGAGGUAAUGUUGCUUCACAUAUUAUACCCUGGAAACAUAGUAUCCUGGUACUCGUGACCUUGGUUGUUAUUGUUCUUUGCAUCAUUGGAAUAUGCUGCUUUCAUCAAAGGCUAAAACGCCUUGUCUCCAUGUUAAUACCUCAGUGGUGCUGCCAGAGAAUCCCAGAUCCUAAAAUCAUCCGUGCUCUGCUUCAGCAGAAUCAUACCACUCCUAAACAUUUUACUAUGAUUGAGAGCGAUCCAGAAAUCAUUAAAGUGGAAGAGAUUAUACCUGAGAUCAUGAUGCAGCUACCUCUGGAAAUCAGGAAGAGCUCAAAUACUGAAGAUAUGUUUCGGCCCAACAGCCCCACACUUACUGAAGGCAAGAGCUCAAAUGCUGAAGAAAAGUUUCAGCCCAACAGCCCCACACUGACAGAAGCCAACAGUUCAAAAUCUGAAGAUCUGUUUUGGCCAAGCACGCCAACUCGGGAGGUAGACAACUCUCCACAGGUCUCCAUUCAUUCACAUAAAGAAUUUGCACUAAAGCCAAUCAGCACAGAAUUUCCAAGAGCAGGAAGAACCUGCAAUAUCUCAGGCUAUGAGAAACACUUUAUACCAUCUGCAGAACAACUGCUUGAAGAUGAAUGGCAAUUAGACAAUAAAGCACAAUGGCUAGGAUUGGUGGAAUCCCAACAAUGAAGUUUAACCUUCAAGGUGCCUGGAGAACUUGAUCAACCUGCGCAUUAUUUCAGAGUUACUCAUGACUCACUUUACAGUACAUUUGUAUGUGACAGUAUCUGUGAAGUUCAGGAUCACUCAGUUGUUCAUCGCUAAAUUCAGCUGAGCAAGGAACUGAUACUGGGAUCCCAAGGCCUGAGUAGCUCCAAUUAAUUGGCAGCUGUUUAAUGGUUAAUGCAAUAAAGCCAGAGUAGAACAUUGUAAAUGUCAUUUUCCUAAACUUUAUGUUCAGCCAAUAAAUAAAUCCUAAUUAUUUUUAUAACUCAGACUGAGAGACUAUUAUUAACUCGUAUAUGCCAUUUUAUUUAUUUAUUUUAUGACGUGCAUUAAAACACCUUAAUGCCAAACAAAAUUGUUCUGUUAAGUUUGGAGAUUGCAUUUUACCAACAGAGUGGGUACAACUGAUAUCCAUUUUGUCUACAUACACAUAUACUAUCCACUAAACUGGCUAUACGCAUAUAUCCCUUUCAUACAUUUCUUGUACUGAAAAUGGAGCACAGGUAUGAUGUGUCGUAUGAUGUAUUCAUGUGUCACGACCAUACAUUAGUCCAGGGCAAAUGAUGGAGGGAUGUAUCACCCCCAAACUACCUACUCGCCUAUCUUUCUAACAAAGCAGGUCAAACAGGCAGGUACACAAAAAUGCUGGAGAAACUCAGCGGGUGCAGCAGCAUCUAGGAGUGAAGGAAAUAGGCAACCUUUCGGGCCGAAACCCAGGCAGGCAGCUUCAGCUUUGGUAGAGUGCAGUUACCACAAUGCUAGCUCAGAACAAUUGAACAUACCAUCAUCAGAACUACUAAAAAUAUUCUACUCUCUUCAGCCCACUCAAUAUUUGCACUAUCCAUCUUUUAGCAUUUGCUCGUUUUUGCUCUCUGAAGCAGUCCAUGGUUAAUAACUCACCAUUAGGCAUCUUGGUCGGCAUCGACGAGUUGGGCCUGGUUCUUAUUGCUCCACGACCUGCCUACCUUAUUU